AUGACUACCAUAACGCUUCCCCGUCAUGAUGUUACGAAGUUUUGUCGCUUUUGUCUGUCGGAAAUCAACCUUCUUAACGUGAUCGGCGCUAGUGCGGAAGAGCAAGAGACUCAUGGUGAAUUGCUGCGGCUUGUGAACAAUUAUCUCAAAAUCGAGUUCGAGCCUGACAAGGACUUCCCGAGUGCCAUCUGUGAGAUGUGUAUUGCGUUGCUGCAUGAUUUUGACGCUCUGUACAGAAAUGCACACGACUACAACUAUGCGCUGAGAUUGCUCGCGGAAAACCCGACAAUGGCGGACAUAGAAACGGAAAUUCCUGUGAACACGAUAGAACCGAGAAUGGCUAAUCUCGAUGAACCCUCACCAUUGGUUAUCAUCGAAAUGGACAACAACGCCUACGGGGAAGAAAUACUCGCUACAAAUGCUUUGGACGGACAGAUCGUCUUGGAAGAUGUACCUGUAAACGAUACCGCUGAACAAGAGGCACAGAUCGAUGUGUAUCAUGUCGAUGGUGAGCUGCAGCAUAUCGUCAUGGAGGGCGGUACCUGUAUCGAAAUUCAGUCUGAAGACGCUCCAAAACUAGAACCACCAGCACGAGGCAAUCUACUAAAUGCGUCUCUCACCAAAACCGGCCCAAACAUAUUGGUUAGAAAACGCAUCACUCCACCAUAUGCAGCAACAUCACCUCAGUUACCUAAGAAACCUGUGCCAAUGAAACCUUCAACGAUUGCCGUAAAUAAUACCCCCACCAGGACACUAAACGUGCAAGCAAACACGAAAAGACCUUCUCAACAGGCCGGACACAAGCAAUAUGUGGCGGCAACAGGUCCAAAGCAACUUUUCCGUUGCAAUCACUGUACGAAUCUUUUUGUAGAACUUUCCAACUUAUACAGUCACAGUUGCCCAAAACGGCAAAGAGAAACCGUUCCGAACAAUUCUACCAGGCCGACGGUGGUAUCUAGCGACGGUCAGCGGAUUAAAUGCAAGAUGUGUAACAUGUCCUACCGCACGAAGCUACAGUAUCAGAAGCACGAAUAUGAGGUGCAUGGUAUUAGGAAUGAAAACUUUGGCAUCAAGUGUACCAUUUGCCAGAAACUGUUUUCCCAGCGCCAGGAUUACCAGCUACACAUGAGAGCAAUACAUCCAACUCCAGGCAUGAGUUUCGUAAAGGUACACUCUCAAUGA